AUGAAUUUGUGGUAUCUGCUCUGGUUGCGGAGGACAUUAAUGUGGCAUCAGAUUCCUCUCCAGGGAUACUACAUCUUCUUUGGUGUAGCCUGCUCCCUGUUCACUGCAGCCUCCCUGUAUGGCACUUUCUCGCGUCUCAUCAACACCAUAGCAGAGAAGUCUCUAAUCCCUGUAGGACCACAGCCCAUCUCCUCUGACCAGUUGAAGAAGGCUUUGAAGUUCUGCAGGGCCGAGCAGGGGGACCCAGAGCCCCUACCCCAAACUGACCAGGGUUCAGACGCCCUGUUCUACCUUUCAAAUGGGGUUGCAGCUCUCUCAGCUCUUCAUGCAAGUUCAUCCAGAACGAAUCCUACCUUUCUUCAUCUGACUAUCCCUUGGGUCCUCAUCUCUGGAGCCAUCAUCCAGGUCUAUGUCAGCCGACUGCAAGUAACAGGAGGUGGCCAUUUUGGUUCAGUCAUCUCAUCCAUCUAUGUAGCAGUAUGGGCAACCUGGACCUGGUUUAGGUUUGCAGGUGACAUGCUUCAGCUUUCCACAGAGGAAGCUUACGGUUUUACAGCCGGAGCCAUUGCUCUCUUGGUCAUUAAUGCUUUCCUUAUGCUGAUUGCUGCCAACAGGAACCUGGUUUUGCUGUUUCUAACAGCAGUCAUGGAGGUUGUUCUGGUCUGUUUCCUGCUUUCCACUCUGCAGCGACUUCCUUAUGAGCUAGAAAUUGCCAUGCUUGCACUACUUUCAAUAAUUUGUAUAUAUGGAGCUCUGGCGUCACUGGUGAACUGUAUCUUCUCACAAAGACUGCUACCUAUGGGCCCUCCCUUAAGAAAGGAGAAAGUGAAGCAGGAAUCUACGCCGGAGCUUCCCUGUCCUGUGGCUAAUUCCCGACUCACCAGUGGUCUCCUGAAGAUCGCUGGCCUCCUGAAAGAAGGAGGAGUGUGUGGUAUUCCCACAGACACUGUGUAUGCCCUGGCUGCCUCCUGCAAGAAUCCUCAAGCUAUAGAGAACAUCUAUAAUAUUAAAGACAGACCAGCAGAGAAGCCCAUCUGCAUUUGCAUCUCUAACGUGGAGCAGCUGGUGGCAGCCAAGCCUCCCUUCAGCCCUCUGCUCUGGGAGUUUAUGAGGAAUGUGUAUCCAGGCGGCAUCAGCUGCAUCGUCAGCAAAGGAGACUGGCUGUUCACACUAGGAGUGGGGCCAGCUUAUGACCGUGUUGGCACCAAGGAUAGCAUCAUGAUCCGCGUCCCUAACCUCACGGUGACAGGCCACCUAUGUGACAUCACCGGACCCCUUGCUAUCACGUCAGCCAAUCCCAGCGGUGAGCCAGACAGCACCCACCACACCAUGGUGAUCAAUCGACUGGGACACAAGAUCCAAGGGGUUCUGUGUGACGGAGACUCAAAUGAAGUUGUUGCUUCCACCGUGGUUAACUGCCUGAAGAUUGAUGAAGGGACCAUCACCAUUGUAAGGGAAGGAUGUGUCCCUGCAGUAAAAGUCCGACAGAUCUUCGACAGAGUGAAAAGCGCUAUGGUGUGA